AACUAGUGCCUGAAUUCAAGCGCCGCGGUUCGAUUCGGGACAUUAGCCGAAGUGGGAGAGUCCAGGCCAGUUAUAGAGCCUCAAGCCACCGGUGUCACCGGAAACCGGUCGAUGAUUCAGAAAUAAACCGAUGAGGAACAGGGGGAGAGGACGAGACUCUGGAGCUAUUCGAUUUGUUAUAGACUAGGGUUAGCUAUCAGAAGAAAACGUGCACAUUUAAUUGUUUGAAUAUCUUCAGAUGCAAAUCACGGCUAUUGCUGAGAGGACCACGCAGCGGGACUAGAAUUGGGCUCAUCUGCUACCACCGGCGAAGCACGGAUUUAUUUUCAGAUAACGUUAGCUGAUGGGAAGGUGUUUCGGGAGCGUCUUGUGGUAUUAUUACAGUAUCAUCGCUAUUAUUCAAUAGAUCACAGGCGUGUUUCCCUCCACAGUCCUGGAUAACGUUGUUCAACUGUAGCAAACGUUUUGGUGACAUUACUAUAGCGUACUAGCCAGCUAGCCAACCCAGGAGGAAGGCAUUUCUUUGGCGAGGAUGCGCGUUACUAUGGUCACUGAAAUAUGACACGGCCGGCUUAUUGUUAGCUAACUAUGAUUUAGUGUUGUAUGCUAGCUAACUCCCUGUGUUCCGAGCAUCCAUCUGGCUAUUUAGCUAACUAACAUUAGCUAACAAGGUGUAGCAAGCUACGGGGUACACAAAAUCGCUGGCCAGCUAGCUAGAUCUAGCAAGCUAGUUUAUUAUCUUGAAGGCUGCAUCUGGUCCAUCCAAUUGGAAUGUUAGCUUAGCAUCUAGAUUAGCAAUUCUUGGUCGGUUCGCUAUCUAAAAUUGAGUUUACCACUUAGCUAUUUAGCUAGCUAGCUAAACUGUAUAAUUAAUGUUAGCCAGCUGCUGGGCAUCUUGUUUACCAAACUAAUCGCAGCUAACGUUGGCUAGCUUGGGAGUACUAUCACUAGACAUAUGUGAAACGAGCCUGCUAGCAAUAGAUAGCUUAUAGUUUUGUCCCAUUAGCUGCGUAAAACGCAAAUUUUGCGUAAACUAGUCAGACAACCGCAUAUCUUGGCCAUUUGGUACUUCUUAUUUCUCUGGAAACCAGCGAUAUUGUGCUAACACUUAACGUUAAAUGAAUCAAACUACUGACUUGACUGAAACGACAGCUACCGAUACAUAUUUAGUUUGCUAGUUCCACACAAUACUGCCGGUGCACUGAUUUAAUGAGAAAUGCAUUAGCGAGCUACCUGGAUAAUAAUAUAGUUGAUUAUAAACUGUCUUAAGCCAAAUCAGUGCAUGCCGGCAGUAGCUUUCUUAACACAGACAUCACACGUAGCGUUAAUCUAGAUGGCUUGCUAAUUUAUGAAUCAUAUCUACAUUGAAUUUGAAGACUCGACCUUGGAAAUAUGACAUCUGGUCAGGUGAAAAAAAUUGGCAUUUUUUAUUUUCACAGUUCUCUCCCUUGCCAAUUAUAGCCAAAGUUGCUACCUGGCCCAUUACCAACAGCGUAACGUUACUCGUUUUCUUUUUGAGAGAGUCGAGUAAGUUCACCCAAGCUGUGAUGUACAAACUGGGAGGUGUUCUUCGGAAAAUUCAAGGAAGUGUUCUGUAGCGCUCAGUUUUUCAUUGCUACAAACAGCAGUCAACUUUCGAUCAGCUUUCAGUUUAUUUAUUUUUUAUUAACACAAAACGAACUGGAAUUGCACUGAAAUAACUAUUCUUCUAUUUACUGGGAGCCAAGCACUCGGACUCAUUCACUGAAUGCCGAAACACAGAACAAGCUGGUUCCUUUGCUUCGGCUCUACCAGGAAGAAAUACUUUUUGCAAGACAUAAAUUAUAGGUGUGUGCCUAUGGGGUGUGAACUGUUUAUUUAUUAAUAUACAAAGCGGGAGUUGCAUAUUUAGGACACGCAAAAUGGAUGUGGAUGACCUGUUCUUUGCAAAUCCAUGUGGAUGACAGAACCACGGAUUUUAAAAGAAAGCCACAGGGUGGUAAAAACUAGUGUUUGUCACUACAUUUUCUCCCUACGCUUCGAUGGCUAUAUGGCCAAAUAGUUGACUAUGUAGCCUAGCUGUAACUCGCUACACAACAAGCACUCCCCAUCCGGCAUUUAGGCUGUUUUAAUUGCGUUUUUGCAGCCGGCCUGUUGGAUGUAGUAGCCAGCUAAAUGUAGUUUACAGCUGUUUUGCCAGGACAUUGUCCUCAAUUAUUCGGCUGCUAUGGCAUUUUUAAAUGGGCCCAGGUUAUUGGACUGGGCGAAUUCACCUCCUCAUCUUCAGUUCAACAAAUACGUCCUGACCGGCUACCGUCCGAUAUCUUCAGUGCAGGACUGUAUCCGAAGCUUAUUCUACCUGCACAACGAAAUCGGAAAUAUUUACACACAUGGAAUCCCGCUGCUAUGUUUCCUGGUCCUGCUCCCGCUCAACAUCCCCUGGUCGCAGAUCAGCGUCACGUGGCUGGGCGUGGUCCACUUCCUGGCCUGCCUGUCCCCGCAGCUGGGCUCGGUGCUCUACCACCUCUUCAUGAACCACGAGGGAGGGGAGCCCGUGUACCACACCCUGCUCACCCUCGACAUGUGCGGCAUCUGCAUGAUCAACACCCUGGGAGCCCUGCCCAUCGUUUACAGCACGCUGCUCUGCUACCCCUUCACGCGCAGCGCCGCCCUGCUGGUCUACAUCCUCCUCUCCAGCUACGCCAUCUACUGCGCCAUCACGGCGCGCAACAACGUGCGGCGGCUGCGCUCCUUCGCCUGGCAGGCGCUCUUCCGCUUCUCCUUCUUCCUGCUGCGCUGGGCGGGCGUGGGCGGGGGCAGCCCCACCUCGCUGCGCCACUUCCUCACCAUGGACACGCUGGCGCUGCUGGGCGGCGUGAUCAACAUCACGCGCAUCCCCGAGCGCUUCCGGCCGGGCCUCUUCGACUACUGGUGCAACAGCCACCAGAUCAUGCACGUGCUGGUGGUGGGCUCCAUCCUCUACCUGCACUGGGGCGUGCUGGACGACCUGCUGUGGAUCAACAGCUACCACUGUCCCCUGGACUGACGGCUCCCGCCUGCGCCCCCCCCCCCGGGAGGGUAACCGGGGACUUUUAGGAACU